CUGAUGUAGUGUUUCUAUGGAGAUCUGGAAUUGACCCUCAAAGCUGCCAGCAGACCUACCUGAUUCAAACAUCAUUACAGAGUUUUUUUCAGAAACGUGUGCGCUUAGAAUCUAGAGUGCCUUAAACACAAUGAAUAAUAAUGUCCCAAGUGAUGCCAAUGGCAGACGCAUCAUAUGUGAUGGAGAAUAUGCAACAGUUCAUUACACUGGAAAUGUACCACCUACACCAGGGCUUUGGCUUGGAGUAGAAUGGGAUAAUCCUUUGAGAGGGAAGCAUAGUGGGACUCAUGAGGGAACUAAAUAUUUUACAUGCAGCCAUCCUACAGGAGGAUCUUUUAUUCGGCUAAAGAAAGCUAAUUUUGGAGUGGAUUUCUUAACUGCACUUAGAAAACGAUAUGGAUUAAAAACUGAACAGAAUGAAGAAUUGGUUAUUGGAAAGAAGACAGUUGAACUUGUAGGUUUCGAAUCUAUUCAAGAGGAGCAAAGCAAGCUGAACAAAUUAAGAGAUGUUUCACUAAGGGAAUAUGCUGUCAGCAAUGCAGGAGAGAAAGGACAAAUUUGCCAUUCAUGUCCAAAUAUCAUAACAGCAGACUUAUCAAAAAAUCUAUUUUCAUCCUGGGAAAGUGUAGCAAAUAUUACUUUUCAGCUUGAAAAACUAAUGUGUCUUGAUCUCAGUGAAAACAAACUGUACCUUCCAUCAAAUCCUUCUUCACUGGCUGGCGCAUUUUGUAGUCUGAAGGUCCUUUCUCUUAACCGAAUGGGACUGAAAUGGAAUGAGAUCUUGCAGUGUGCAUCCAUGUGGCCAGCCCUCGAAGAACUGCGUUUGGUUUCAAAUGACAUCAGUGUGUUAGAACGACCAGUUGACAAUCUCCAGAACCUGACUAUAUUGGACAUAUCUAACAAUAGAAUAGUUGAUGGGAAUCAGCUUCAUGCAAUAGCAUGUUUACCAAGGCUGAAACAAAUAAUUGUCACAAACAAUAGGAUUUCUUCACUUAGCUUUCCUGAUGUUGAUUUUGGACACAAAACUACAAUGUUUCUCUCUCUAACUAGUUUGGCAGUUGAUGGCAAUAAUAUAUCAGAGUGGUGUGUAAUAAAUGAGAUGAAUAAAUUACUGCAUCUUGAGUCUCUGAACUGCCACAGCAACCCAUUAAUGGAUCUUGAAAAGAAUCCUGAAACUGUCCGGCAACUUAUCAUUGCAAAGAUAGAAAAUUUAAAGUUUUUAAACAAGACUGAGAUACUUCCAAAUGAACGAAGGGGAGCUGAACUUGACUACAGAAAGAUGUUUGGCAAUGACUGGCUAAAAGCUGGUGGAAGUCAGAAUGAAGAAUUAAACAAACCUAACAGAGACUUUCUUCAAGAUCAUCCCAGAUACAGUGCUCUUAUAGAAAAAUAUGGUGCUCCCGAUGAAGGUGAAUUGAAACAACAACAGCCGUUUGCACUGAAAAACCAGUUGCUAACAUUAACAAUUCAGUGCCCUGAUAAGCCUGACAAAAAAACAAUACAGAAAAAAUUGCCUGACUCAAUGACUGUUCAGAAAGUAAAAGGACUGCUUUAUCGACUGCUCAAAGUGCCAGGAUCAGACUUGAAACUGUCAUAUAAAAGUUCAAAAAUGGAGGGCAAAGAAAUUGAUCUGGAAAAUGAUUUGAAACCCUUGCAGUUUUACUCUGUAGAAAAUGGAGACUGCCUAUUGGUGAGAUGGUAAAACAGAGGCCUUUGAAGUGCUGGGCAAAAAUCAUGGUGUCAGUGGAAAUGUUUUCAGGCCGAAGCUGAGUGUGCAGAAUCAAGGUCUGGAAGCAGAACAUUUUUACUUUUAGUGAAGGUCUGUUGUAUUUCAGCCAUUCUAUUUAUUUAUAAAAUAAAAAGAUCUUAAAGAAA